AUGAAGGUGGACGUGCUCACUUGCUUGACCGCCGCCAGUUUGGUCGCCGCGGUGACUGGCGGCGGACGAGGAUCGGGACGCAGGAGGCACAAGGAAGUCUUCCUCGGGGAGAACAGCAAGUUCAAGUUUGGAGGACGUAUCGACUACAAACUGAAGCGGCAAGACAGCACCAAAACUCUGCUGAUCAAAACCGAACAGCUCCUUCGCAUCGAAGAGCACGACUUCGCCCUGCGACCCGGCUUCGGAGGAGCUGCCAUCCCUGUGGGCAUCGACGUGCAGGUGGAGAGCAUCGACAGCAUCUCGGAAGUCAACAUGGAUUUCACCAUGACGUUGUACCUGCGCCAUUACUGGAAAGACGAGCGUCUGGCCUUCCCGUCUCGUAACAACCAGAGUCGGACCUUCGACUCGCGCCUAGUGAAGAAGAUUUGGGUGCCGGAUGUUUUCUUCGCGCACUCCAAGCGUUCCUUCAUCCACGACACUACCAUGGAGAACAUCAUGCUGCGCGUUUACCCGGACGGGAACAUCCUGUACAGUGUCAGGGUCACUGUCACGUCUUUGUGCUCCAUGGACUUUAGCAGCUUCCCUCUUGACACGCAGAACUGCUCGCUGGAGUUGGAAAGCUAUGCGUACAACGAAAACGACUUGAUGCUGUAUUGGAAAAACGGCAACGACUCGCUGAGGACCGACGAGAUCGUUUUGUCCCAGUUCUUCAUCGAGCACUUUCAUCCCUCUAGCGGCUUGGCUUUCUACAGCAGCACAGGUUGGUACAAUCGUCUCUUCAUCAACUUCCUCCUGCGGCGGCACAUCUUCUUCUUCAUGCUGCAGACGUACUUCCCCACCAUGCUGAUGGUGGUCCUUUCUUGGGUCUCCUUCUGGAUCGACCGACGGGCCGUGCCGGCCCGCGUCUCUCUGGGUAUAACCACGGUGCUCACCAUGUCCACCAUCAUCACAGGCGUCUCGUCGUCCAUGCCUCAGGUGUCGUACGUAAAAGCGGUGGACAUCUACUUGUGGACCAGCUUCCUCUUUGUCUUCCUGUCAGUCAUCGAGUACGCGGCAGUCAACUACUGCACCACUCUGGAGGAGAUGAGGAAGAUGAGAAGAGGGAAGCUCCCGUCCACCUUCAACGCCAGCCAAGCCAUGGCCUUCGAUGGCUGCUUCCACGACAACGACAUGGAGCUGACGUCAUUCACCCGGGCGACCCUGGGCGUGAACUCCGAGCGUCUUUCGGCGACCCCGCCGCCGGAGCCUCGGCCCCCAGAGGGGACGCGGCUGCGCCGGCAGCGCUCAGUGCGAGAGAAUGUGGACCUCCUGGUGAGCAACAGCUACAUGAUCGACUCGUACUCCCGCCUGGCCUUUCCGCUCUCCUACCUCCUCUUCAACACCAUCUACUGGAGUCUCUACUCCUGA